AGCACUUCGGGUAACACGGAACACGUCAACAAAAAUGGGGGACCGCUGGCAGAAGCUGGAGCAGAGCACAGUCAGAAAAGAAGGUGAAGAAGAGGUGGAUCGUGACGAUUUAACUUUCCAAGCAGGAGAGAACCCAACCUCUUCCUCUAACAGCGGGAAGAGUUGUUCUUCAACAUUAGAGACAGACCUGGACCAGACCAAACCAGAGAAACCAUACGACUGCUCCCAGUGUGGAAAACAAUUUUCCCUUCUGUCAAACCUAAAAAGACAUUUUAGAAUUCAUACAGAAAAGAAGCCUCAUGCCUGUGCUCAGUGUGAGAAGAGUUUCUCCAAAGCAACAUCCCUGAAAUUACAUGCAAGAAUUCAUACAGGAGAAAAAUCAAAAACCUACCAAUGUUCUGACUGUGGUAAAGAUUUAACCACACAUGCAAGCUUGGAAAUUCACCAAAGAAUACAUACAGGAGAGAAACCCUAUUGUUGCACCCAAUGUGGAAAGCGCUUCUCUCAAUCUGGAAACCUGAAACUACAUGAAAGGAUACAUACAGGAGAGAAGCCUUAUAACUGCCCUGACUGUGGGAAAAGUUUCUCACAUGUAAGUCACAUGAAGCAACACCAGCGGGUGCACACUGGAGACAAACCUUACCACUGCUCAGACUGCGGGAAGAGUUUCAAUCAUGCCAACCACAUGAAAACCCAUCAGUUAACUCACAGUGAACAGAAGCCCCAUGUUUGCUCUGUGUGUGGAAGAGCCUUUAAAAGAGCAGAUGGUUUAAUAGAGCACCAACUUAUACACAGCACAGUGAAGCGUCACUGCUGUUCCCAAUGUAGCAAGGCCUUCUUUAGAGCUAAAUGUUUAGCAAGGCAUCAGAGACUGAGUCACACUGGAGAGAAACCUUACAAAUGCUCUCAUUGUGGGAAGAGAUGUGCCACUUCAUCGGAUAUGAAAAAACACAUACGGGUUCACACUGGAGAGAAGCCUUACCACUGCACCAAGUGUGGGAGGGGUUUCGCACAGUCAAGCACCCUAAAGCAACAUCAGCGCAGCGUGCACACUGGCUAAGAGAGAAUACACACCAGAAAGAUGGGUGUGAGAAACCUUUUAACAACUUCGAUGACCGUUUGGGACUAUAACACACUGACAAGAGUAGCAGGUUAAGGCCCAGUUCUCUGUGACAUUUUAGAGACACACUUGCAUACGACCACGCACACAAUCAUGAAGAAGUUUCACUUUCACACGGAGCACAAAGAAAAAUGAACAUUAAUGGGAUUGACAUUGAUUAAAGAAAACAAGAAAAUGAAGAAAAAUAAAUGAAUUUGGACUGGAAUUUAUUAAAAUAAUGAUUAAAGGUUAAAUAUGUUGAAUGUUAAAGGUUAGAAACUGGGAAAUAUACAGUAGAAUAUAUUAUUAAAGGGGGAUUAGAGUAAUGCAGUGAAAGGGUUAACAAUGUGUGAUUUAAAGUAAUGUAGUAAAAUGGUUAACAAUGUUGUUUGCUUUAAGGUACAAUGCAUAUGGACUAUGUUUGUUAAGCUUAGAGGAACAAGGUCCGUAGGAGGUUGAUAAUUACAUUUUGUAAUGAUGAAAUGUUUAAGUUGGUGGAUGUUUAAGAUGCAAUGGGAGUAGUACGUUGAGUUGGAGUAAGGAAGAUUAAUGUUUAAAAACUAAUGUUUUACAAGAUAAGGUUAAUAAAGUACAUUAAUGAUGCUAGCUUGAUCUGGAAAUCCCCAGGUCAGGGUGGUUAGUGGGUGAAGUGGAUGGACGUCCUGCUUAGGUGAGAAAAAGGUGGAAGUUAAGGGGGCUGAAAAAGCACCUUUUUGAACGAGGGCCGCAUUAGGUGUUACCUACCCCAAUGGAUGCCUCAUUGGGGUAGGUGUUCACCACAAUGAGUUAGCAGAAAGAAAAAUGGAGGGUUUAAAAGAGCCAUUAUUUUUGGAAGAGGGGAACUCUCUGAGCUUGCCAGAAGAACCUGUCGACUGCUGGAAGAAGAUUUUUGCUGUAGCUUUUUAGCUUAAAAUAUAUUUUUUAUUAUACUCAGUUAAAGUACAAUUCUAGGAGGAACCCUUAAGGUUGGCCCAUUGAUAGAAGUGUGUUAAAGUAGUUGUUAGAGUUUUUAGACGCCGUCUGAGGGACUGAUCAUCCUGAGGGGGGAGACAAAAAAAACUGUUUAUAGAGUUGUAGAAGGUAAGAAACCGUUUUUCUUGUUAUUAAAUAUUGUGCUUCUUAUUAAAAUGUCUAGGAAAAAAAAUAAAAAUUAUUGGCACACCCCAAUAAGGGUUUAGUUAAGGGUGCUGAAGGGGUCUAUCAAUUCAA